AUGGUCGUUUUGUUUGCGGUUCGUGAAUAUAAAUGUUAUUUUGAAGAAAUAUUGGACUUGCGGAUAAUCAUGGAAAAAAAAUGGGAUGCAAACGAAGCAGAGCUCUUGCAGAUGCAGCCAGAAAUAGAUUCUAAUUCCAACAUAAAAGUUGUGACAUUAAAGGAUCUUCAAAAACGACGCCAGGAACUUCUUCUUAAAAGACAAAACAUUUUAAACAAACCCCUUUCUCGAAAUCUAUCCACAAUUUUGGGUUCAUCUCAACCUAAAUUUCCAGCUUCACCUAUAUGCGUAUCUUCAGAUAUUGAUUAUGAUAUAGCUAAUUGUGAUACCUUAACGACUAUCUUUCAACCUAUUUGUCCCAGCAUUUCAGCCACUGUUUCACCGGACGUUGCAGAAGAAACUGUCGGCUGUUCUAAUGACCCUGUCAUAACAUAUACUGAUGUUACCGAAGAAACUGUUAUGGAUUUCUCUCCUGAUAAUUCUAUCGCCGAUCCAGACUUUGUACCGCUAUCUGAUAUCACCAACGUAGAGCCUAUGGUAUCUGAUGAUUUUGAUUCAUUUCCGGAACAAAAUUUAGAGGGAGAUGCAGCAAAAGAGUCAAGAAAACGAAAACAAAAGGCUGACCGUAAAACUUGGAGGAGAGAGUUAAACAAGAAAGAUAGGAUGUUAGGAAAAGCAUAUGUUGGGUUUAGAAAAGUUAAUAAUAAGUAUAUUCAAAAAGGAUCAAAACCUCAGAGGGCUAUGGGCCCUAAGUGCAGUUCGUCAUUUUGUGCUCGUAGUAAAGUUCUAUUUUGUUCCAAUUUGACUGAGGACAUACGACAACAGAUUUUUGAACGUUUCUGGAGCAUGACGUGGAAAGAGAAAAAAAUGUAUGUACGGUUGAUGGUUGACACAGAAAAUAUAAAAAGGAAGACGACAGAAAGUAAAUCUAGACGGUCGGAAACAAGAUUAUAUUACCUGCAAAUACAUGGUAAGAAGGAAAGAGUUUGUUUGAAAACAUUUCUGGCGACACUAGCUAUAAAGGAGUGGACUGUUCGCUACUGGCUAUGUGGAAGAGCAGAUGAUAAUUCUGUUCACACAAAUUUGUCUCCAACAUCGCCUACUUCUAAACGAAAUUCUAACGAAGAAUCAGUCCUGAUCGGUGGUUCCUGUCAGAUACCCGAUCCGUUGUACAAAGCCAUCGGAUCGGUUAUCUCUUUCUACAUACCUCUUGGUGUGAUGCUGUUGACAUACGCGUUGACAGUGCAGCUUCUUGCGCGCCAAAGAAAAGGACUCGGACAAGGAUGGGCUGCUGGCUGGCUUGGUGCGAUACCUAUCGAACGUCGUUGUACAUGGAGAAGAUUUCUCAGCCCUAGAGGAGGUACUCCUCAACACUCAGCUGCUUCAACCGAAACCGAACUCCCACCAAUCGACACUAGGGAUCUAUGGCUACAGGACUCUAGCGAGCCUGCUCCGUCAGCCAUGAGCGCACUGCAUCAUUUCGGGGCAGAGAUGUUACGACUGUCGCGAGGCUUGGAAGCUUCUGCUGCAUCUAAACCGACUUACCGAGGGACAAAUAUAUCAGAACGUGGAGGCAUGCUCACACCUGGAUCAUUAAGCGUGUCAUCCAGCUCGCCUUCAUCCAUGCUCCAAGAUAAACGAAGACUUUCAUCUACAGGCGAUCCUAAUACCCCAAUGAAUAGACCACGAAGCGCAUCUGAUGAUGAAAGCAAUGAUGGUCUUCUAGCACCAGUAACUCUUACAACUAAAUCUAGAAGUUCAGAAGAUGGUCUCUUACUACCACCUCCAUGUACUUGCCCAUAUUUUGGAUCCGAUUCCACUCCACCCAGGCGAACAACGGAAGUUAUUAUAGUUCCUGGAGGGGAUAUAAAUGGAUGCAAUGGGUUUCCCAGGAAUGGCAAUAUGAAAGGCGAAGAGCCAUCAACGCCAUUCUUUAGAAGGUCUAGUCGUGGGGCAUCAUCAAUGGUAACUUGGGAAGAAGCGAGAAGAUUUAGGAGGGGUUCGAGUUUUGGUGGUGCAAGAACUACACUUUCAACACCAGUCAGGACUAUUCGAAGUCAGAGAUCAGUUAAUAAUCGACCAACAGUGAAUCCCAGCCCCCAAAGACAACUCCGAACACAUCAUUCGAGAAAUUCAAGUGUUAUUUCACGAAAUUCAUCUAGACAUGGACGAAUUUUGCGCCUCGAGCAAAAGGCAACAAAAGUGCUGGGUGUAGUUUUCUUUACAUUCGUUGUACUUUGGGCUCCCUUUUUUAUUCUCAAUAUGGUACCAGCUGUUUGCCCGGAAUGCGAGAGAAGAAUUUCGAGUUGGGUUUUCGAUUUUGUUCUUUGGUUGGGAUACGCAAGUUCGAUGGUUAAUCCAAUAUUCUACACAAUAUUCAAUAAAGUAUUUCGGCAGGCUUUUAAGAAAGUUCUGUCAUGCCAAUAUUGUAAGACGAGGAGG